AUGCCAUCCACAUCCACCACCACCGCCGCCAGGCUAUCAACCCUCCUAGCCUCCGCUCUUCUUCCCUCCCUCGCCACUGCCCAAACCUACUCCUCAUGUAACCCGACCAACUCGUCGCAAUUCCCGUGCUCCGCCGACGCCGGCCUCUGCCAAAGCACCGUCUUCGAGUCGGACUUCACGACCGGAGACAACAGCAGCUGGCACUCGCUGGCAGGCACAGUGACGUACUCUGACGAGGGCGCGGCCUUCACCAUCGCCGAGCGAGGCGACGCGCCGACCAUCGAGACCGACUUCUACAUCUUCUACGGCCGCGUCGAGGUGACGAUGAAGGCCGCCCCGGGAACGGGCAUCGUGAGUUCGAUCGUGGUCGAGAGCAACGACCUGGACGAGAUCGACUGGGAAUUCCUCGGCGGCGAAAACUCCAUCGUCCAAUCCAACUACUUCGGCAAGGGAAACACGACGACCUACGACCGCGAAGAGGAGCACGACGUGACGACGCCGCAAGACGUCUCGCACGUCUACGCCAUCGACUGGACGGCCGAGCAGAUCGUGUGGUCGAUCGACAACACGACGGUGCGCACCCUCGCCUACGCCGACGCGCUGUCCGGCCAAAACUUCCCGCAGACGCCCUCGACCGUCCGCCUCGGCAUCUGGGCCGGCGGCGACGAGGACAACUCGUACUGGACCCGCGUCUGGGCCGGCGGCAACACCACCUACUCCGCCGCCGCGGGCAUGCCGUGGACCAUGACGGUCGAGAAGGUCAGGAUUACGAAUUAUAACCCUGCUAGUAGUUAUAAUUAUACGGAUACGACGGGCAAUGCGGAUAGUAUUGCGUUGAUUGGGACGGAUUGCGAGGAGGCGAGCUCGAGUGAGAGUAGUUCCAGCAGUUCCAGCAGCAGCAGCACCACCACCACCACGAGUAGCAAUGGGACCGCGAGUGUGAGCGCGUAUGCGGAAACGACGCCGGGUAGCUCCAGCACCCCGACUCCCACCCCCAGCUCCAGUUAUUCGAGUGGUGGCGUUGAGAGGUUGGGUGGAGGCCUGAGGGAGUUUUUGUUUGGCAGCUUUUUCGUUGCACUGCUUUUGCUUUGA